AUGUCUGUACCAAGAUUCCAAAAAAUAAACUUUGGGACAUACGAUAAUUACAUUCCAGUCAGUGAAUUAAGCAAAAAAUCAUGGAAUCAGCAGCACUUUACCCUGCUAUUUCCCAAGCCACCACGGCCAGGAACAAAAAGGAGAUCAAAACCUUCCCAACUACGUGACAAUACAGUUCCUAAAUAUGAUGAAGAGAAAUUAAAGGAAGGUCAUAGACGACCAUUAUGGAUGCACCGUUCUUUAAUGAAAAUUUCUGAGAGACCAUCUGUUUAUUUAGCUGCCAGAAGGCAGCCUCAACAGAAAUCAAUUCGUCGCCCCGGGGAGGAUGCUAAAGCAACAGAGGUAGCGAAACCUUUAUCUCCAACAAUAAUUAAGAAAAGAGCUAAAGACAAGAAAGCAGAUGCAAAGACAAAGAAAAAAGAUUCAAAGAAGGGCAAGGAGUCAGCUACAGAAUCUGAAGAUGAAAAAGCAGGUGCAAAGAAAGAUUCUAAAACAGACAAGAAAGGUGCAAAGAAGGGCAAAGAGUCAGCUACAGAAUCAGAAGGUGAAAAAGGAGAUGCAAAGAAAGAUUCCAAGAAAGAUAAGAAAGGUGCAAAGAAGGGCAAAGAGUCAGCUACAGAAUCAGAAGGUGAAAAAGGAGAUGCAAAGAAAGAUUCCAAGAAAGAUAAGAAAGGUGCAAAGAAGGGCAAAGAGUCAGCUUCGGAAUCAGAAGGUGAAAAGAAAGAUGGCAAAAAAGAUAAGGAAGGGAAAAAGGAUUCGAAGAAACCUGAUGAGAAAGGUGAUGAGUCAAAGGACAAGAAAGAUUCAAAGAAGAAGGAGAAUAAAAAAGACAAGAAAGAUAAAAAGAAGCCCAGUGAGGCAGACAGUGGACCAAAGGAUGCUUCCAAGAAAGAUGCCAAGAAAGAUGCCAAAAAAGAAGCCAAGAAAGAUGCCAAAAAAGACACUGAAACAGAAUCUGCUGAAUCAAAGAAGGAUGCCAAGAAAGAUGCCAAGAAGGAUGCCAAGAAGGAUGCUAAGAAGGAAGCCAAGAAGGGCAAGUAGGCCUCGGAUAAUAAUUCAAAAGCAUAUUUGAAAAACAAUUUUAGUACUCUGAAACUGGAUCUAUGAGUGAAAAGGGGGAUUCAAAAAAUUAAUGAAAUUUUUUAA